UCUUCCAAUUCAUCCAUUCUCCUCCUCCUCAAUCAAAGCUCUGGUUUCAUUUUCUCUCUGUAAUCGCCAUGACUGUGGAGGUUGUUAAGGUUGAAGCUGCUUCAAUGGCAACAAUGGAAGUUCCAGAGGAGCCUACGAAGGUUGUUAUUGAAGAAGAAGUAGUAAAAGAUGAGAAAUGUGGUGUAAAGACUGUGGAGGCCGACGAAGUGUUGAAGCCUACCGUCAUUGAGAAGAGUUCUUCUUACAAGGAAGAAAGUAACCAUCUCUCUGAUUUGAAGGAAUUCGAGAAGAGAGCUUUAGCUGAGCUUAAAUCCAAACUCGAGGAAGCCAUUAUUGGGAACAAUCUUAUCAAAGAAGAUGAACCCAUUAAAAAGGAGACCGAAACAGAGAAACCCAUUGAAGAAACCGAGAAGAAAUCAGAGGAGGAGGAGAAGAAGAAGGAAGAAUCAAAUCCAUCUGUUGAACAAACCCAAAAAAUCAACGAAGAGAAAAAUACAUGCGAUGAAAAUUCCGAUCCGGAAAAGGAAGUUUUUCUAUGGGGUGUUCCUCUGUUACCGAGCAAAGGAACAGACAGCACCGAUGUGAUUCUCUUGAAGUUCUUAAGAGCAAGAGAAUUCAAAGUAAACGAAGCAUUUGAAAUGCUCCAAAAAACCCUUUCAUGGCGCAAGAAAUCCAACAUCGAUUCCAUCUUGAAAGAGGAAUUCCCCUCCGAUCUCGAGUCUGCAGCGUUGAUGAACGGUGUAGAUCGCGAAGGACACCCGGUUUGUUACAAUGUAUUUGGAGUAUUCGAUAACGAAGAGCUUUAUCAGACAACAUUUGGAACAGAGGAGAAGAGAGAACAGUUUUUGAGAUGGAGAUGUCAAGUUAUGGAGAAAGGGAUUCAAAAGCUUGAUUUGAAACCAGGUGGAGUUUCUUCUUUGCUUCAAAUUAAUGAUUUGAAGAAUUCGCCGGGACCGGCAAAGAAAGAGCUGAGAAUUGCCACAAAACAAGCUGUGGGAAUUUUACAGGACAAUUACCCUGAAUUGGUCGCCAAAAAUAUAUUCAUCAAUGCUCCAUUUUGGUACUAUGCUUUGAAUGCUCUGCUUUCGCCAUUUUUAACUCAAAGAACCAAAAGCAAGUUCGUAGUGGCUCGUCCAGCAAAAGUAACGGAAACCCUUUUGAAGUACAUUUCAGCAGAGGAAAUCCCUGUCCAAUACGGCGGCUUCAAACGAGACAACGAUUACGAGUUCACCGCGGAAGAUGGUGCCGUUUCAGAGAUCAACCUCAAGGCUGGCUCAACAGCUUCCAUUGAAAUUCCAGCACCUCAGGGAGAGAGCAAUCUGAUAUGGGAUUUGACUGUUGUUGGUUGGGAAGUGAAUUACAAAGAAGAAUUUGUGCCCACUGAUGAAGGAUCGUACACCAUUAUUGUUCAAAAGGGGAAGAAGAUGAGUGGAAAUGAAGAACCAGUGAGGAACAGCUUCAGGAACAGUGAGCCUGGGAAGAUUGUUCUAACUGUUGAGAAUUUCUCCAACAAGAGGAAGAGGGUUCUGUAUCGAUUCAAGACGAAGAAGAUUGAGUAAAUCAAAGAAAGUGUUUGAUGAAUGAUUAUGAAAAAGCAUGAAAAAUUCGAGUGCGAUUUUGUAUUGUUUUUUUUUUUUUUUUUUUUGCUCUGUUCAUAUGAAUUUUAUUAUAGAGAUUAUUUGGAAUUGUGGGGUGAGAGAGAGAAUUCUUUUGCAAGGAUUAUUAUUCUUGUAAUUUAAUUUGUCUGAAGCUUCUUUUUUAUUUUUUUGUUUAAGGAAUUAUGUGAUAUUAUUUGUUAUUGAUUCUUUCUUGUAAUGAAUAAAAAUUUGGAGAA